AUGGCGGAGGAAGUCCAUCAAGAUCAUAUGAAGACUUCCCUGGCAUCAGAUCAGAUUGAAAUCGCCAACCAUGCCGUCAACGUCGUCCGGGUAGACGACGAGGAUCGCAAAGACAACAGCCGUGAUUCGUCAGAUUUGAAGGGUUAUUUUACUUCCUACCGAUUCAUCGGCUCGUUCAUUGCCAUUAAUCUUAUGGCCCAAAAUUUGUUCUUCGGGUUUUCAAUGCCUGCAAACGUGCUCACAGUGAUCAACGCAGAACUAGGGCCGUCAUCGAACUACACCUUGAUCGGACUCAUCUUCGGGCUCUGCAACGGAGUGCUCAUGUUAAUCGUAGGCCGUCUCAGCGACAUCAUCGGCCGGCGCUACUUCAUUCUCGGGUCGCAGGUUCUUGGGGUCAUAGGCCCCGUGAUUUGCGCAAACGCUACAUCUAUCAACAUGGUCAUCGGUGGCACCGUUGUGACUGGAAUUGCUGCUGGGACUCAGCAAUUGUAUGCCCUGUUCCUCCACGAAUUGGUCCCGAACAAAUACCGGGCUCUCACGCAAUCUGUUCUCACCGUUGGCAUGCUCCCAUCGAUGGGAUUCGCUCCUGUGAUUGCCCGUGCAUUUGUCCAGCACACAGCACUUGGGUGGAGAUGGUGUUACUAUUUGAAUGCGAUCGUUGCCGGAAUCUCGUUCCUGCUCUUCCUGUUCUGCUACUUUCCACCAAACUUCUACAUGAUCAACUCACGGUUGACGAGACUCGGAGAGUUUAAGCGGCUGGACUAUGUCGGCUUUGUCUUGUACACAGGUGGUUUAGUUAUGCUGCUCCUCGGAUUCACCUGGCCUCAAGGAUCCUAUCCGUGGAAAAGCGCCCACGUCAUUGCCGCACUCGCUGUGGGAGGAUGUACGGUGACAGCAUUCAUCCUCUACGAACUUUACGGGUCUCCUCGCCAGCCUCUCAUGCCGAUGAAGCUGUUGAAGAUCCGGAACUAUUCUGCCAUCAUCACGGUUGGUUCGGUGGGCCAAAUGAUAUACUACGCCCUGGCCAUUCUUUGGCCCAUUCAGAUUCAGGCUCUCUACACCACUAGUAAUAUCAAAGUCGGAAUCAUGUCUUGUACCACAGGCCUGGCAGUUCUCGUCGGUAUUACUGUAACUGGGCUGUUGUUCAAAAAGAUUGGCCAUCAGCGAUGGCAACUUGUUGCGGCGACUUCGCUGUUGGCCGCGCUGACUGCGAGUAUGAGUGCGGCUACCAAGGAUAGACAGGGUCUGGGCAUUGCUGCAACCGUAAUUGCAGGCUUUGCCAUCGGAUGGCUCGAACUGAUCGGUCUAGUCGUGGCUGGCCUCGUCGUUCCUCCCAACGACAUCGGAGCCGGACAAGGAUUCUUUGGAGCCACCCGGUCAGUGACCGGAAGCCUCGCAACUAGUAUCUAUGUUACGGUCUACUCGAGUCGCUUGGAAGCGGCCCUUCCAGCCAAAAUUGUCCCAGCCGUAGUGUCAGCAGGCCUCCCACAAAGCAGUCUACCCGGCCUCUUUCAAGCCAUUUCCAAGGGGACCCCUGCGGCACUGGAGAAGGUCCCCGGCAUCAAUGCACAAAUUCUUGGUGUUCUCGACAAUGCAAUCAAAGCUGCCAACUCGUCGGCACUCCGCGUCACUUACUUGAGCACUCUCGCAUUCGGUGGCUGUGCCAUAAUCUCGUCUCUGUUUGUUGGCAAUAUGAAUCAGUACUUGACAAACUUUGUCAACAAAACCGUCCAGAAGACUGAAUUCACCAAGACAGAGAAGCCCGUGACGGAGAAGGCCUGGGAACUAGAAGUUUCACGCUCGCACUAG